AUGUUAAUCAGAUGCAGUUUGGCUGAGAACUUCUUGUUUGCUCAUGAAGUUAAUAACUUUGCGAAUGAGAAAGAAGCUGCGUCGCUUCGUCGUAUACGUAACACUUAUCAACUAUUAAGAGGUGUGGAUAGAAACAAACAUAUAUCAUGGAUUCCCGACCUUCUCUUAAAACUCCCUAAAUCUAUGACCGAGCCAAUUAUUGCCACCUGGGCUAGUUUAUAUAGAGUUCGUACUGAAUUAGUCUCCAUUAUGGACGCAAAAGCCUCUGGAAAUACCAAUAAAUCCUUAGGUCCGACACGAAAAGAGUUGUUUACCCGAAUCCGAAAAUCACUACUACGCCUUCAAAAUGAAGGUACACUACUUGUCCUUGCGGGUACUGAAUCUCCCGCAAAAACGCUCAGCAUUGUGUUUUACCAUCUCAUUGCCAAUCCCGCUAUCCUCGCCAAACUUCGGAAAGAUCUCAAAUCACUUCCUGACAAUGUAACGUGGACGCAACUCGAGCAACUGCCUUACCUAUCUGCUACUAUGGAGGAAGGAAAACAUUUAGCUUUUGGUGUUACCACUCGUAUUGCUAGAGACUCGCAGUCCGAGACCCGUUAUUGA